AAUCUUCGCUUAAGCGAAAAACAAAGGAGUACAAUAAAUUUCAAAGUUUUCAACAUUCCUCGAUUUCAUAGAAUUUGGCUCUACCAACUAAAAAGAGUCAUAUAAGACGACGAUGUCACGAGGCCGCUCCACCAUCCUCCUCCGUCUCCUCCUCCUCACCGCCGUCGUAACCGCUCUCGCCUUGGACAAUGAUGAAGACAUGUGCGUGUUCACGGUUUACAUACGAACCGGUACGGUAUGGAAAGCCGGUACAGACUCCGUCAUGAGCCUCCGUCUAUACGACAGUUACGGUCGAGACGCGGUUAUCUCCGAUUUGGUGUCGUGGGGAGGUUUAAUGGGUCCGUUUCAUGACUAUUUCGAGAGGGGCAAUCUCGACAUUUUCAGUGGUUUAGGUUCUUGUCUCUCAGGUCCGGUUUGUGCAAUGAAUUUGACAUCCGAUGGCUCUGGUGAUCAUCACGGUUGGUAUUGUAAUUACGUGGAAGUGACGAUGAGUGAGAGCCGUCGGAGAAGUUGUUCUCAGGAGAAGUUUGAUGUGGAGCAAUGGCUGGCUCGUGAUGCUUCGCCGUAUGAGCUGUCAGCGAUUAGAAAUCAUUGUUCGGACUCGGUCAAGAAUCGGCGAGUCGUUAUUCCCACGAUGUAAUGGGAGAUUAUUUAUUUAUAAAUUUGGUGGUCAAAA